GGAAAGCUCAGGAAUUCAGGAUAAGGCAUCACAGCCUCUUUCUUCUCGUCUUCAUACGUACGGCCCGUCGACCACCCGCAGUGCAUCACCCCGGAGUGGACACCGCCACCACCACGCCAAGGAAGCCAUGGAUCUCCUGCUCCUCCCGUGUCGCGCCGCCAGCGCGCGCCCGCUACUUCCACCAACCAGCCCCAGCGCCCUUCGCCGCGCCGGCACCGCCAGGCCGGCGGCCAGCUCCAGCAACGUCGAGGUCAUCGACGCCACGCCGACGUCCACGCGGGGCAGUCAGUGGCGGGCGGGCGGGCUUGGGCUGGAGCUGUCGGAGGAGAUGCGGCGCGAGAUGAUGUGGCGGAUGCUGGCGCCCCCCGCGGCAGCGGUCGCGGCGGACGCGGCGUUCCUGAGGCUGCUCGACCGCGCGGCGCCCGGGGACGCGCCGGCCUGGGCGGCCGCCGCGGGCUCGGCCCUGCUGUUCGUGGCGGGGCUGCUCGGGGUCCACUACGGGUUCCUGUCGUCGAGGUGGGACGCAGCGGAAAGGGGAUCCGUCCUGGGAUGGGACCUCGCCGUUCGGCACUGGGAAGUCCUGUCCAUGGCUAAGGAACACUCUUCUUCGGUGGACAAGGAGGAGGACGAGGACGACGACGACGAGGAGUACGAAGACGAAGAGGAGUACGAGGAAGAGUAUGAAGUAGAUGACGAUUAAUUAAGGUUCAUUGUUGGGGGUUUCCUGCGCUGUGCUUCAUCGCCAAUCUCGGAUGUGUCUCCAAGGUCAGACAUAUCGCGUUCCUGCUGUUCGGCGUCCUCCUCGGCGUGCCGUACGGGGUGUUCUCGGCGCGCUUCGACCCGGCGGUGGAGGGCUCGUGGCUUGGGUGGGAGGAGUUUGUCAAGAACAUCCGCCAGGUCGUGCUCCAAGUCGGCGCCGGCCACAGCCGGAGCAAGAAGUAGGUAGAUACUGCUGCUUGGGUAGGAACACCCAACACCUCAACGAGAUAAGAUGGGCAGAUCGGAACAAUUUCAGAGAAUUUACUGGGAUUUCAUACGAACGUCCCGUAGUGAUCUCGUAGGAAGUUUACAGGAAUUGGUUUAGUUCCCACAUAAUUCAGGGGUUAAAAAAAAAUUGAGUUCGCAAAGGGAGCUAGUAGUACUAGCGUUUGUUGGGGCCUGGGUGGGAGGAAUCAGCCUGAGUCGUGACUGACUGACCUUGGUUCUAUAUGGUCAGUUUGAUUUGGCCAAGAUGUAAAAUGUAAAUUUGUAGAAUGCCACAGAAACUAGCUGCAUGGUUGCAUAUCUCGUGUAAUUACAGGCGUGAAACAUUGUGUGGCUCUUUAAUUCGAGCUUCCUCUAAGUAAUCCAGGAUGGCACUUUCAA